AUGCAGGAUGGUCAAGCAAAACCCAACCGGGACUAUGAUCUCACCACCCCAAUUACCUCCACGUCUGGUCUACGCCAGGGUCUGACAUCCUAUGGCGAUGCGCAUUUUUCAUUGUUUCUUCGAAAAGUCUUUAUCAAGGCUCUGGGAUACUCGGAAGAUGCCCUGUCACGUCCGAUCGUGGGGAUCAUCAACACCUUCUCUGGGUUCAACCCAUGCCAUGCCAAUGUGCCCCAGCUGAUCGAAGCUGCUAAACGCGGCGUACAACUAAAUGGCGGGCUCGCAGUGGAGUUCCCUACGAUCAGCAUUCAUGAGUCAUUCUCGCACCCGACCAGCAUGUUCCUGCGAAAUCUUAUGAGCAUGGACACGGAAGAGAUGAUUCGGGCUCAGCCACUGGAUGCUUGUAUUAUGAUCGGGGGAUGUGAUAAAACGGUGCCAGCGCAAUUGAUGGGUGGUAUUUCCGCGAACAAGCCGGUCUUACCUCUGAUCACCGGCCCAAUGCUGCCAGGGAGCCACAAUGGUCAGCGAAUUGGGGCAUGUACUGACUGCCGAAACAACUGGGCUGCACUUAGAGCAGGCGAGAUUGAUGUGGAGGAGAUCUCAGCCAUUAACGAAGAGCUUGCCCCAACGAUCGGAACAUGUGGCGUCAUGGGCACUGCCAGUACUAUGGCCUGUGUCACUGCUGCCCUGGGAAUGAUGUCGCUCCGAGGGGCAUCCGCUCCGGCUGUAUCGUCUGCCAGACUGAGAAUUGCCGAAGAAACCGGUGCAAAUGCAGUGGCAGUAGCGAAGCUUGCUCGAAAGCCUCAAGACGUUCUAUCAAAGGAGUCAUUUUUAAAUGCUAUCACAGUUCUCCAGGCCAUCGGCGGCUCCACGAAUGCAGUUGUCCAUUUGAUGGCUAUAGCGAACAGACACCCUGCCCUGCAAGGCAUGAUCACGUUGCAGACAGUUGACGAGAUUGGGUGCAAGACUCCGCUGCUCAUUGACCUCAAACCAAGCGGGGAUAAUUACAUGAACGACUUCCACAAUGCCGGGGGCAUGCUUGCACUUCUGGAGAUCUUGCGUCCCCUCCUUCAUCUCUCUGCCUUGACGAUCACCGGGCAGACGUUGGGUGAAGUGCUGGAUGCAUCGCAGUCCAGACGGCUUUCGUUCCCGCAGCAGAUUAUUCGACCUCUAUCGAACCCUCUCUUUCCAGCAUCGUCUUUGGCUAUUCUUCGCGGUAACCUGGCCCCAGAUGGUGCGGUCAUUAAAGCAUCCGCUUCCAAAUAUCGAUCUUUACUCGCACAUACCGGGCCCGCGGUGGUUUUUAAAAACUCCGCCGACCUUGCUCGACGAAUUGACGACACAGAGCUCGCUGUAACGAAGGACAGUGUGUUAGUUUUGAAGGGUAUUGGCCCUAUUGGGAACCCAGGAAUGCCAGAGGCAGGCUUGAUUCCCAUCCCCAAAAAGUUGGCCGCAGCGGGUGUCAAGGAUAUGCUGCGACUUUCUGAUGGUCGAAUGUCCGGGACUGCUGGGGGAACCAUUAUUCUCCACAUCUCGCCCGAGUCUGUCUUGCCGGAGUCACCAUUCGGGGUAGUCGAAACGGGCGACUUGAUCACCUGUGAUAUAAACACCCGCAGAUUACAGUUGGAAGUUGCCGAAGAAGUCCUGCAAGCUCGAAUCGAGAAGCGAAGACGAUGUGUCCAGGGAACCACAGGGUCAGUGGCGAGAAAGCAAAGGGGGUACCGGGGGCUGUACGAGCGGUCGGUGAACCAAGCGCAGGAAGGCGCCGACUUUGAUUUCCUGGCGGCAUCUGGGCCUCUCAAGGGAUUUAUGUGA